AUGCUUAUCAGCGUUAGCUGCGAGGAUUACCUUGAAGAGCAGACUUAUAGCCAGAUCACGCCCGAGCUCGUGUUCACAAGCUCAGCAAAUGCCCAGCUUGCAGUCAAUGCUAUUUAUUCUUCGUUAUUCCAAGACUUCGGCGACAUGCGAGGCUUCUGGCCUGCCACGUGGAUGCAGAUGAACCAAGAAUUUUCUUUCUACAGUGAUAAUGGUUCCAGCGACCUCAGAUGGGAUUCUGGUCAACUACGAGUUUACCAUAUGUGGCGAGGCCUUUUCCGCAGCAUCAAUGCUGCCAAUACAGCGAUCUCCGGUGUCGGAGAAAUGGAAACCGGGGAGGCGAUCACAGAGGAGCAGAAAAAUCUACUCAUUGCCGAGGCCAGAUUCUUGCGGGCCCAUGCUUACUAUUAUUUACUGCGAUUGUGGGGAGGUGUCCCACUGCAUAUGGAACCCACUGCAAACCCUGAGGAAGCUGCUCUACCCAGAAGCAGUGCUCAGACCGUCUUCGAAUUCAUCGUAGAGGACCUUAAGUUUGCACAGCAGCACCUGCCGGUGAACUGGAAAGGAGGGUUCCCGGACAAUGGCCGUUGUACGAUGGGGUCAGCCACAGCUAUGCUGGCACAGGUUUAUGCCACUGUAUCCGGCGCGCAGUUCGAGGGCAAUGACGCCCCAUCGGAUGGAGAUGGCAAUUUCAAUAAUAUCAGCCAAAAGUAUUGGAAUGAGGCCAGAACCGAACUGGCCAGCCUCAUUGAUGAGGGUAAUCCUGCCCAAGCAAAAGCGCCCUACAUGUAUGCUUUGGAACCGAAUCUGGCAGAUCUUUAUGCCGGAGGUGAGCAAGUCGGAGGCGCCUGGUCUGCGGUAAGGAAUGCCAAAGAUCUGGGUCAAGAAGUUAUCUGGGCCGCUAACUAUGAGCCGGCUAUCUACCAGGGUACCUGGUUGUUAAAUCACUGGGGAGGUCGGUUUAUAUCCCCUUAUGUCCAGGAGAGGUUUGAGCAGGGUGGUUACCGGUCGGUGGUUAAGCACGAUUCCGUAUUCAGAGCCGACCAGGGACGGCUCGUAAACAAGCAUAUGAAGCGCAACUGGGCCGGUAAUAAUAAUGAAAACAAUAUUUAUUGGGCUCGAUAUGGAGGUAUUCUCCUCCUGAUGGCCAUUGUGGAAAAUGAAGUUAAUGGUGGCCCAACCCCACUUGCUGAGGCCUGCCUCAAUGCCGUCAGAGCCAGGGCCCGUAAUGGAGAUGGUACCACUACCUAUACUAUGCCAGCUGAUGUAGCAUCGGGAUUGAGCUAUGAAGCCUUCAAGGACGAGGCCUAUGACGAAAGAAUUGCGGAAUUAUUUAUAGAGUUUAAGUCCUGGUCCGACUUGCAAAUGUCAGGACGCCUGGAAAGAGAUUGGGCAAUACUGGCAUCUGGGGAAGACGGUGACCGUGGGACCUACAGAAAACAGUGGAAAUUGCUUCCUGUUCCACAAAGGGAGAUCGACGUUUCCGGAGGUAUUCUCGGCCAAAACGCCGGGCACUGA